CUCGCCUUUUGCAGCGGAAAAUCAGGCAUUUGUGACACGCGCCCGAGGAUUUUCUUGUCAGACCUGCUAGACUCCCCUCCCCAUCUCUUGUCAACCUGGCAGUGGUCAACAGAUGGUGGACUGCUUUGUGAAAUACCUCUAAAACCACCAUGUUAGAGUGGAUCAUGGCUUCCUGAUCAAAUCUUAUCGAUUGCUAUAUUCUCUUUGCCUGAACCCAUCAUUGGCUCAGUGAUGAACCACACACCCAGCCCCCACAUGACAGAGGCUGCCAAGUCCGGAUCAGGCUUGUUGUGUGGUCUGGGUUUGGGCCCGGAUCGAGUGCGCUCCCCAGACAGCCUGACCCACACGCCCAGCCCAUCAGGAGGAACACCAAGCUCCAGCCCUCCUCUGCUGCUGUCUCCAGGGCUGGGCUGCGAUGGCGGCGGGGACUGGGAGAGCCGCGAGGAGCUGCGUCUCCGCGAACUGGAGGAGGCUAGGGCACGGGCGGCUCAAAUGGAGAAGACUAUGCGCUGGUGGUCAGACUGUACGGCCAACUGGAGGGAGAAGUGGAGUAAGGUGCGGGCUGAGCGCAACAGAGCGCGGGACGAGGUCAGGCAGCUGAGGCAGCGUCUAGAUGCCCUAACCAAGGAGCUGACGGGGGCACGACGGGAGCGGCAAGAUCUUGCGGCGGAAAAUGAACAGCUGCGACUGGAGGCCGAAAGGAUCCGGGCUGAACAGAACUCCCCAGCUGAUGCUUCCACCGCACCAGCAUCAAACUCUUCAACAGCCUCCACACACUCCAACCAGCCAACGGGAACAGACGGCAAGCAGCAGAACCAUGAUGAGGAGAGAGUGACAGAUGGACCAGGCUCUCCAGAGCAGGAACCUGUGAGAGAUGUAGGCACUGACAAACCAGACAAGCAAAAGGAAUUGGAGUUAUUGGAGGCUCUUCUCAGGACAAAGUCAGACGCUCCAGACUCAUGGGAUAUUCGCAGUGCCAGUAGCUUGCGUUCAGUCCUCAGUCGGCAGGACAGGAGCAGAUUGCUGUGGGAGGACCUAGCUACCCUGGAGGAGGACUCCAGCAAACUCAACGCCCUCCAGCUACGCUUGGAUGAGUCCCAGAAGGUCCUGCUGAAAGAACGAGACGAUAAACAUGCGCUCAUUAAGAACAUUGAGAAGCUGGAGGCAGACCUAAGCCAAUGGAAACUCAAAUAUGAGGAACUGAACAAGAGCAAACAGGAGGCCCUAAAACAGCUGAACUUGCUGAAGGAGGUGCAUCAGGACGAGCUCGGCCGGAUGUCUGAAGAUCUGGAGGAUGAACUGGGUGCUCGUACCAGCAUGGACAAGAAACUGGCAGAGCUUCGUACAGAGAUGGAACGUCUGCAGGUGGAGAACGCAGUGGAGUGGGGUCGGCGGGAACGUCUGGAGACAGAAAAGCUAGCUCUGGAGAGGGAAAACAAAAAGCUGCGUGUCCAGAUGGAAGACCUGGAGGAGCAGCUGGCACGCAAGCGCAGGCAGGCUGCCAGCGCCCUGGACACCGACCUCAAGACCAUCCAGUGCGAGCUGUUUGAGAGGAAUAAGGAGCUGGCAGAUUUGCGGCACAUUCACUCCAAGGUUAAGAAGCAGUACCAGGAGAAGAUGGCCGAGCUAACACAUGCUAACAGGCGUAUUGAGCAGCAUGAGACAGAAGUUAAGAAGCUCAGACUGAGGGUGGAGGAGCUAAAGAAAGAGCUGGGCCAAGCUGAAGAUGAGUUGGAUGAGGCUCAUAACCAGACCAGAAAGCUACAGAGAUCCCUGGAUGAGCAGGUGGAGCAAUCAGAGAACCUUCAAGUUCAGCUGGAGCACCUUCAAUCCAGACUAAGGCGUCAGCAGAAUCCUGGCCUUUUUGGUAAAAUGAGGACAUCAACUUCGGCACGUUUUGGGCCUGAAGAUGCAGAUGGAGCCCCUAGUGACCUUGAUGAUGAUGAGGAAGAAGAACUGCAGCUUCAGAUCCCCUAAACUAUUCAUUUCACACCUGGGAAUGUAUGAAAGACUAGCGGAUCGCAUCCUAGCAUUUCAACUUCCACUUCAUUUCAUCUCUCAGCUGGAACCAGAAGAGGAUAAAGACUUUGAAAAAAAACUGACUACCAAAACUGUCUAUCUCCAUGCUCCUCAGCAAACAGAUAAACACAUAAAUGUAUGUGCCAGAGCCUAAAAAGUGAUUUUCUUUUUUUUUUUUUUUUUUUUUUUUUUUACGUUUUCUUGUGUCCGCACAAAUGUUGUGUCUGUUAUAGUCCAAGAUGGCACAUGGAUUAUAGAUAUAUAGGUAUACAUGGAUAUACACAGUACAGGUUCAUAGACCAUUCAUUGUGAAUUUGCUCUCGUCAUUACAAAAUUUAAUGAUUUCUCAUACCAAAUUGCGUUUUAUGCUAUUUAUUAAUGACUAUAAGUUUGGGGAUGUCAUGACCCUGGGAUUUAAGCACUAAAAGUCCCAUUUGAAUUCAAGUGACUCCUAGAAACCUAGUGUAAAAGCAAUAAGCACAAGCAUGCUUUGGCAUACAGAGUUCAAGCCUAAAACAAGCCCAUUGAAACAUCUGUUCACAUCUCAUUACAUUCCCAUCUGAUGUCUGACCUCAGUUGACCUCUGUAAGUACUGAUGCAUAUUUAAGCAUCCAUACUUCUGUAUCUCUCCUACAUGUAUGAAUCCCUUUCCGCUUUUUAUUUUCCAUCUCCUUGAAUAUAAUUUUGUCUUUUCAACUGUUUAUUUUCACUUUUCCAUAUUUCCUCUUCCCAUUCAUUUGAUUUCUCAUUUAAUCUUUUGUCAGCUCUCCCACACAGCCCCAUCCGUUAACACUAACUCUCACACCAAUAUUCAAAACAACCCAUUCAAAACUUGAUUAUGUUUCCCAUGUCAGGGGAACAUUUCAUUUGUGCUGUGUUGUUACUGAAGAGCAAGCAAGUGCUGUUGUUUAGCAGUAGUCCUGCUUAUUUGUCCCAGAUCUUUUCUUAGUGUCCACAAAAAAAAAAUGUUUGUGUCUUUGCAGUGGAGGAAUGGUGUUAUUUUAUAUAGGCAAUAGGGUAUUUUUUGUAUUUGUGUUUGUAUUUUACUGUAAUAAAUGUUAUGUGUAUAUGUACUGUAUAUAUUGGCUGUGUGACUGUGUGUUAAUGCAGAGUUUAAGGCUACACUUACCUAAAAUCUCACAGAUCAUUGCACCAUGCAAGGGACGCUGUGCCUCUCUUGACAUCUUAAAGGGAUAGUUCACACAAAAAUGAAAAUUCUCUCAUCAUUUACUCACCUUCAUGCCAUCCCAGAUUUGUAUUACUUACUUUCUUCUGCAGAACACAAAUUAAGAUUUUUAGAAGAAUAUCUCAGCUCUGUAGGUCCAUUGCAAAGGCACCAUAAAAGUAAUCCAUAAAACUCGAGUGGUUUAAUCUAUGUCUUCUAGAAAGAUGUAAUCUCUCUGGAUGAGAAACAGAUCAAUAUUUAAAUCCUUUUUUACUAUCAAUCUCCACUUCCACAGAAUGUGAAAGUGUAGAUUGAUGGUAAAAAGGACUUAAAUAUUGAUCUGUUUUUCACCCACACCUAUCAUAUUGCUUCUGAAGACAUAGGGUUUUUCUCAAAUUUUAAGAACGCAGAGAACGGACCUGUGUUACUGUAUUAAAAUGAUGCCCCAAAAAACAACAAAUGUUGACUGAGUAUAACGACUCUCACGAGCCAUCAGACUUUCACAAUCUUACAUCAGAAACUCUUGAGGAAAACUAAAUGAUAAUUGUCCUUCAUCUGCCACCAUAGUACCGAGUUCUUGCCCACAAGUCACCAUCUGAUGCAUCCUCGAUUUUAAGAACACAUCUUUGUAGUUUCCUGUGUUCUCUGUACUUGCGUUCUUGAGGAUUGGAAUCAAGCAUUGGCAGUGUAUUAUGACGUAGAACAAGUCCACGAGAACGUAAGAACACAAAAGAAUGCAAAUUGAGAAACAGCCAUAUACUUAACCACUGGAGUCAUAUGGAUUACUUUUAAGCUGCCUUUGUGAUUUUUGGAGCUUCAAAGUUCUGGCCACCAUUCACUUGCAUUGUAUGGACCUACAGAGUCGAGAUAUUCUUCUAAACAACUUUUUUGUGUUCUGCAGAAGACAAAGUCAUACACAUCUAGGAUGGAAUGAGGGUGAGGAAAUGACAAGAUCAUUUUUAUUUUUGGGUGAACUAUCACUUUAAAGCUUAAGUGUGUAGUUUCUGCGAUACUCGUGUCACCAAUCAGAAUUACAAAAUAAAUGUUAAAAAAAAUAAACAUUGUUUUCAAACAGA